AUGUUCAGGAUGUCUUUGCUCCUGCUGCCGCUGUGGCUUCUGCCUCUCGCUGGGGGAUCCCAGAGGGCUGAGCCCAUGUUCACUGCAGUCACCAACUCCGUUCUGCCCCCCGACUAUGACAGCAACCCCACCCAGCUCAACUACGGAGUGGCAGUGACGGAUGUGGACCACGAUGGGGACUUCGAAAUCGUCGUGGCAGGGUACAACGGCCCCAAUCUGGUUUUGAAGUACAAUCGAGCCCAGAAGCGGCUAGUGAACAUUGCGGUGGAUGAGCGCAGCUCACCCUACUACGCGUUGAGGGACCGGCAGGGGAACGCCAUUGGGGUCACAGCCUGUGACAUCGAUGGGGAUGGCCGUGAGGAGAUCUACUUUCUCAACACCAAUAACGCCUUCUCAGGUGUGGCCACAUACACAGACAAGUUGUUCAAGUUCCGUAAUAACCGGUGGGAGGACGUCCUAAGUGACGACGUCAAUGUGGCCCGUGGGGUGGCCAGCCUCUUUGCCGGACGCUCCGUGGCCUGUGUGGACAGGACGGGCUCCGGACGAUACUCUAUCUAUAUCGCUAACUAUGCCUAUGGUGAUGUGGGACCCGAUGCGCUCAUUGAAAUGGACCCUGAGGCCAGUGACCUGUCCCAGGGAAUCCUGGCACUCAGGGAUGUGGCGGCUGAGGCAGGGGUCAGCAAGUACACAGCGGGCCGUGGUGUCAGCGUGGGCCCCAUUCUCAGCAACAGCGCCUCAGAUAUCUUCUGUGACAACGAGAACGGACCCAACUUCCUCUUCCACAAUCAAGGCAACGGCACCUUUGUGGACGCUGCAGCUGGUGCUGGUGUAGAUGACCCUCACCAACAUGGGCGAGGUGUGGCCCUGGCAGACUUCAACCGUGAUGGCAAAGUGGACAUCGUCUACGGCAACUGGAAUGGCCCACACCGCCUCUAUCUGCAGAUGAGUGCUCACGGGAAGGUCCGCUUCAGGGACAUUGCCUCCCCCAAGUUCUCUAUGCCCUCCCCAGUCCGAACUGUCAUUGUUGCCGACUUCGACAACGACCAAGAACUGGAAGUCUUCUUCAACAACAUCGCCUACCGCAGCUCAGCAGCCAAUCGCCUCUUCCGUGUUAUCCGCAGGGAGCAUGGAGAUCCCCUCAUCGAGGAGCUCAAUCCUGGUGAUGCCCUAGAACCUGAAGGCCGGGGUACAGGGGGCGUGGUGACCGACUUCGAUGGAGAUGGGAUGCUGGACCUCAUCUUGUCACAUGGAGAGUCAAUGGCUCAGCCACUAUCUGUCUUCCGGGGAAAUCAGGGCUUCAGCAACAACUGGUUACGUGUGGUGCCCCGCACCCGGUUUGGGGCCUUCGCCAGGGGUGCCAAGGUUGUACUCUACACCAAGAAAAGUGGGGCGCACCUACGGAUCAUUGAUGGGGGCUCCGGUUACCUGUGUGAGAUGGAGCCUGUGGCACAUUUUGGCCUGGGAAGGGAUGAAGCCAGCAGCGUGGAGGUGACAUGGCCAGACGGCAAGAUGGUCAGCCGCAGUGUGGCCAGCGGGGAGAUGAACUCGGUGUUGGAGAUCCUCUACCCUCGGGAUGAGGACAAACUUCAGGACACAGCCCCACUAGAGUGCGGACAAGGAUUCUCCCAGCAGGACAAUGGCCAUUGCAUGGACACCAACGAAUGCAUCCAGUUCCCGUUCGUAUGCCCUCGAGACAAGCCCGUGUGUGUCAACACCUAUGGGAGCUACAGGUGCCGGACCAAUAAGAGAUGCAAUCGGGGUUAUGAGCCCAAUGAAGAUGGCACAGCCUGUGUGGGGACUCUCGGCCAGUCACCGAGCCCCCGCCCCGCCACCGCCAGCGCUGCUGCUGCCGCUGCCACUGCUACUGCCGCUACUGGAGCUGCCGCUGCUGCACCGGUCCUCAUAGAUGGAGAUCUCAAUCUGGGAUGA